UGUGUGUGAGUGGGUGUGUGUGUCGGGGCGUGUGGCCCUUCACACCGGUCCCCGUAGAGCUUGAGGGAAACUCCUUGGGGUGGAGGCCCUCCGGGACGGGGGGUAAGGGCCUGAUGCCGGCCGCGAAGCCCCGUCUCCGUCGGGACGUCCGCCUGGUGGAGCUGCCUUCCUCACUGACGUCGCUGUUUCUCGGAUCCGGGAGCCAAAUGCUUUGCUAGAGCUGGUAAAAUGGAACCAAAUCGACUGUCCAAUGGAUUUGGUCCCCUUCAACCAGCUGUAGCUGUGCAUUGAUGGCGCCGUGCGGCCCGGCUGCAGGUCCUGCAGUCAUGGAGAGGACCCAGCAGGCGGUGCAGGGACAGCCCAACUCAGCGUGUGGUCAGCUCCAAGUAAGCGAAGCCCCGAGUGCUGCCCCUGCCCCUCAGGACACUUCAGUGCAGAGCCCGAGACCCCCCAGCUGUGGUGCCCCUGCUUGCUCAUCCUUGCCAGGGCACCAUGAAACCAAUGUUCAUUGCUCACACCAGAGCUUUGCUUGAAAAUGUGGGCUGAGGAGCUGGGCCCUGUGGGUUGGGCCUGCCGGGGGCCUGGGCUGGCCCUGCCCUGUCCUCUUCCCAAGGAACUUUCUUUGAUUUCUCCCUUAAAAUGGCCUGGACACUAAGGCUCCCGAGGGCCCCGCAGAGGUGAGCACGGAUGCUGCGCUGGCGACCUGUGGGUGUUUGUGUCCUCAGUGGGGAGGCCUGGGCCAGUGGCGUCUCUCCAGAUGGCCUGAGGAGUGCUGGGCCUGGCAGGGAGACCACAAACAGGAGCCCCUCGGCAUGGCCCGUGGCUGGGGAGGUGCCUGUGAAGGUUGCUGGGGGCCCCCGGAGCUCCCCAUCUCCCCACCCUCUGGGGGGAGGUAGUGAUGCCUAGGUGCAGGGAAGGCGGGUUACCGACGGGCACAGCUGUAGCGAGUAGAGAUCUGCAAGGGGGGCUGCAGGCUGGGCGGCCCCCAGGACCUGCUCGGGGGGGGUCCCUGACCACCUGCCCUUCUCUGGGCAGGGGCUGGCAUGAAGGGGCUCAGGCUGCUGGGCACUGGCAGAUCUGAGGCCUGGGCAGGCACGGGGGCUUCUGCUGGGCAUCUCUAGGCCUAGGGUUCCAGGGCCUGUCAGGAGUGACCCCUGACUUCUACCUAGAGUAGCAGAGGCGGGGCCUCCCCUCAGGGGCCACCAGCUGCCAGUCUCAGGGCAGGUGAGACCGAGGGUCAGGACCGUGGGAGGGAUGAGCAGAGGGAAGGGGUGUGGUGGGCAGAGGGGCAGAUACUCCAUGGACUGACGGACGGGCCGAAGAACGGGUCUGAGUGGCUCCCCUGGCCCUGGCUCAGGAAGUCACGGCUCCCUCCUCACACUCUGCCCAGCCUCAGUGCCUCUAAUUCCCAGGGUCAGCUUAACCCUAACCCUGGCACGGUGUUACCACCCCUCUUCACACAGAGUCACUAUGUCCCCAGACAGUGGGAGAGGCCGAGAGGCUGGGGUAGUGGACGGCAGCCCUGUCUUCAGCACAGGGGUGGUGCUGGGGUUUGAAAACCAGAGUGUGUGGGAUCCAUGGGCUCUGCUCCUGAAGGGCUGUGGCCCUGGCCUUUAUUCGAGCCUCUAUGAGUGGAGGGCAGAGUGGUCAGCUCCUGCUGGGGCUCCUAUCCAGGCGCCGCCUCCUGGGAGCCUCCAGGGGCUUCCACUGUUGAGCCCUUUACAGGGGGCAGCCGGGUGGCCUGGGUAUGGCUGUGCCUUUCAGGGUGGCCUGACCCCAACCCCACCAACCCCAAGCUGUGUGAUGCCGGGCACUGUCCUCCACUGGGGUCUCCUGCCAGGGACAUCUGUCUGUCGGGUGAGGCCUGGUCCUUUCCUGGAGGGGAGACUUUGGAUAUCCACCCAGCUGAGGACCUGGUCGGCCUGCCCCCAACCUUCCCUCCUACCUGAAGGGUGGGGAGGAGGCUGGGGAGGUGGCCGGGGUGCAACAGCUUGAGGUCCUGUGUCAAAUACAUCACCCGGGUGAGGACUCAGGGAACCACCCCUGGGCCUGUGGGAGGGUUUUGUGCAAACAUCACGCCAAGAAUAGUGUCUGCUGUUGACCCAGCACUUGCCAGGGAAGGCUGGAGCCAUUGGAGUCCCUUCCAGUGCAGCCUGGGGUUCCUGUCGGUCACCAUGCCAGCCGUGAACAGGGACGCCUGCUCCCUGUUGCCCGCCUGGCCCUUCCUCGCCACCCAUGGCCCCGCCAGCCCGACCCUCUGGCAUUGACACCUGCUGAGGGCAGUGGCACAGCUGCAGAAAGCCCACAGCUGUGCGGGAGCUGCCCUGCCAGGCAGGGCCUCGGGGUACUGAGGAGGGUGGCAGGAACGGAGGGGCACGCAGGCUCCAUUCCAGCCAGCUGAGAGCCAGGGCUCCCUGCUCCUGGCCUCCCGUCUCUCCUGUAAAUUAAAGGAUGAGAUGAGGCUGAGACCAUCCCCGGUUCUCCACCGCGGUCAGGACAUCAGCUCCAGAUGACUGUAGGACACUGUGGCUGUUACCUGGCCUACCCACUUGGGGCAUCUUUGUGGAGUUCCCAGUAAAAACCACCACACCUGCCUUGCCAUCCCCAGGAUGAGGCCUUGUCCAGUGAGAUCACAGUGCAGCCCCACACCAGGUCACGCACAGUGUGGACAGACAGGACAUGUGGGUGGAGACGAGGGCACACUUGGAAGCAGUUCCCAUGCCUGGCGGACCGCACAUGAGGGGCCGUAUGGGCUCUGACCCUCAGCAGCCCCAGGCAACGCAUGACCGCGGCUGGGUGUCCCAGUGAAACUUUAUUGGCAGACGCUGGAAUUUGAAUACCGUAUCAUGUUCGGAGGUCACUAAAUGGGUCUGUUGAUUUUUUUCCUCCCAGUCAUUAAAAAGGUGAAUGCUGUCCUGAGCUCUCAGGGGCUGUCUGAAAGCAGGUGGCAGGGGGACUGGGCUCUGGUUGCAGCUGCCACCUCCAGCUAGAUUAAGAGGAUAAAUGAGCAGCAGGCACUGUGCGCACAGGACCAGGACACAGGGGCACCGAGGGCAGCCACUGCUCUUCCCAGCUGCUUGCUGCAUGUUUGGUCAGUGCACAGGUGGAGGCCCCAGCGCAGCCCUAGUGUUCACAGUGGUGGGACCAGUAUGAACAGCCCCGGCCUGCCCAGCAGGAGAGAAAAACCAGGAGGAGGCAGCUGGGGCAGGGCAGAGCCUGGAGCCUCCAGGUUUGGGGUGGGGCUAUCUCAUGUCUCAUCCUGCACCCCCUGCAGCCUCGUGGCUUUGGGCUGAACUCGCCCCCAGCAGGUGCCCAUCUCUGGAGCAGGUGUCCACUGGGAACAGGGCCCAGCCAAGCCAAGGCUACUCCCCAGGGUCAAGGAAGUGGGGUCAGGGACAGGGACACAGCCCACUGGAGGACCGCAGUUUCGGAUCCCAGGAUCCUAGCAACCCCGGGUUGGGGUGCACAGGAGCCAGCUCUGCCAGGCUCGGCAUGCCGCGGAGUGCCUGGGCAUCAGAGAGGGUGAGGAGCUCACCACAGUCACACAGCCAGCCCUGGGCGAGCCUGGAGCAGGAUGGAAACACAUUCCUGUCUGUCCCAGGGCUGUGUCUUCCACUCCGGAAUGGGCAGCCCUUGGCUGGACUUGGCCAGGCUGAGUUUGGGACGCUGAGUUUGGAGGGCUGCUGCCUGCAGCCCCCGCACCUGGUCUCCAUGCUUUGCUGUGUGUUUAGCUGCGUGGGGGUCCGUGCAGCAUCUUGCCUUAGGGGGCUCAAGGGGAGAGGGGGCAGCGGAAGUGGGGCCAAUGCUGGGGAAGGGGCUUUAUGUCUCCUGGGGCUCUUCCAUCUGUCUUUUCAUCUCCCUGGGAGGGGUGAGAAUGUGGAUCUGAGUGAGCAGGGGACAUUGCCAGCUCAGUGAGCAAGAGGAUGGGUCUGAGGGUCCAGUGCUGUGGGAAAGCCUCUCCCUGCCAGGUGCAAAGGUGACAGGAGUUGGCCCAUCCCAACCUCAGCCGAGGAUCUGCAGGUCCUGGGUCCUGUAUCACUGUAAGAAAAGUCCAAGAGCUCAUUAGAAAUGCAGAUUCCAGGCCCCGUAUCCCACCCCUACCGCAGUCAGAACCUCCAGAGCAAGGGCCUGGGAACCUGAGUUUUUACCGAGUGCAUUUGGUGAGUCUUAUGAACAAGCCACACCAACCUGGUUCCCUUGAUGCCCGCCGGCCCCGCACCUGCCCUAUGUACACCUUGCUCAGGUCCCCUCCCUCUGCUCCCUACCCCUCAGCAGACCAUGUCCUUCUGGGAAGGCUCUGGACCUCUCAGCAGUAGGUCUCUCUCCUCUAUACUCUAGCAGCCGCCACCACACUCGGGACCCUGUUGGCUGCAGUGGGUCCUUGUGGAAUCUCCCCUCUUCCUGCAGCCUUGGGUGGAGGGUGAGAGGUGUGUGCAGUUUCCCAGAUGUCAAGGGAUGAAGUAACGUAGUCUGUGUGUGUGCAUCUCCUUGUUCUGGGAGAAAGUGGUGUUGACCACAAACAAGCAGAAAGAAAGUUAAAUUCUACCACCCCAAGCAGCCCCUGGUGAGAUGCCAGGCACUUCCUUCCAGUCUUUUUUUUCCAUAUGUAGCUCAGUUUAUCCCCAUCCCACCUCCCACCACACACACUAAGACAGCGGCCACAGGGCUGAUAAACAGCCAUUUCUGCAGAGCAGUGCCUGGGGCCCCCUCCUGCAUCAUCAGUGGCUCUGUCCACCUUUCUGCCCAAGGUCCUGGGGUCAAUGCACUGCCAACGCCCCAUCCAUGACCAGCGUGAGCAACCUCACUGCUGUCCACAAAUGCUCCUGUGCUGAGCCUUGGGCACAACGUUCUCCAAAUUCUGCUGGCUCUGACAUGCCUGCGGUCCCGUGGCAUCACCAAAAACAUCCUGACUUCCUUCCUCCUGAGCAUGGGAUGGAGGCAAAGCCCUGAGCAGCCUCCUGUGGGUCACCCACCACACCUGCUGCACCCACCGCACCUCCUGCGCCCACCACACCUGCUGCCCCCGCCGUGCCCACCACACCUGCCACUCCUGCCAUGGCUCCCGUCCCUUUGCAGGUCCCUGCUUCCCUCUCUUCAGCAGCUUGCUCAGACGCUGACCAUCUCCCACCCCAGCGCCCUGUCCCUCCUCAGGUCCUGCUGACCGGGCAGCCUCUGGUCUGCAGCAGGGCACACGGGCCUCCGAGCGCUGGGCUGUGGCACUGCUUGUUGCGGUUGUCCCUCCCAGCCUCUUGCUCCCGUGUGCCUGGCCUGGGACUUCCUCCAGGUGUAUUUGUGGAGGAAGCCAGAGAACGGGUGCAGGGUGCAGACAAGCCUCUGAGGGGGCACAGGAGGUGGGGUCCCAGACAGAAGGGCCAGUGCAGCCUCCUAAGUUUCAGGAACAAGCUGUGAUCUGGAAGCUUUGGAAACUCUUGAAGACAAGGAGCUAUGAUCUGUGUUGGACCAAGGAUUCCAGAUCCCUGCUCUGCUGCCUCCGGUGGGAACACCCACACGCCCUCCCCAGGACCCUGGGCCGACAGCCUGGGUUUGUGUGUCUCAGUCCAGGAUCUUGAGCCCUUAGAAAAGAGACCCUGCUCCCAUCCCGGCCACUCCGUCUCCUGCUUCCUCACUUCGUGUCCACUCGUCCCAGUGUGCUGGGGGUGGGGCUGGUGCUCUAGGACUGAAUUCUGGUCCUGGCUCCCACCCUGGGUGUUUUUUUCCUAUAGGUCAGCCCUGAAAUGUCCAUUACUCACUAAGAAAAGGAAAAUGCUCAUUUGAAAGACAUUCUUCUCUUUGACAAUGCUGAGACAUUCUCCCAGUCCCAGCCUCACAGUGCUCCAGUGUGUGAAGGACAGCAGCUGUUGGGGAAGUUCAGUGCAUCUAUCCUAACCAGGGCUGGAGGUGAUGCCAGUCUGUGCAGCUAGGAACACCUCCUCCGCUGUGGCUGA